UCGGUGGUAAUAGAAUAGCCCGUGUAAUUUGACACUUCAACUUGCCGUGCACUACGUUAGUUGAUUCAGACAGUCACACUAACGAAACGCCGUGCGCUUUUCUCUCACUGUUUGUGAAGUGUGACGGAAGAAAACAGAUCGCAACUUCAAAUCCAGGAGAUUUUCGGCGCCGUGCUGUGAUUGGACCUGAAAGUGCGGUGGACCCUAGUGUAGACGGGAGCUUGCAGAGGGACCUUCCCCACAGACUAUAUGAAGGGAGGGGAGGGGGAGGUGGAGGGGGGGCUGCUGCCGUUACUCCCAGCUUGCAGAACACACAGAUCACUUCUAUGAUUGAUGAGGAUAUGUGAGUGAAUUUGCCAAAUACUGAACAAAGAAAUCUACUGCAUCCUCCGUGAUUUCCGGGUGAUUGGAUUUCAACACGGAUGGAAAGAUGGCAGAUAUCAUUGAAAGGUUUGUUCAAAACCGCUCCGCACAAUAGCGCUCCAAGAGAGAAGAACUUUAAUGGCUUCCAGGUAGAGAGAAGGAGGCAGCAGUCAAGAUGAACUCAAUUCCUUCGAUGGACAGGCACAUACAGCAGACCAAUGACAGGCUGCUGUGCAUCAAACAGCACUUACAGAAUCCGGCAAAUUUCCAGACAGCGGCCACGGAGCUACUGGACUGGUGUGGAGACCCACGAGCCUUCCAGCGGCCAUUUGAGCAAAGCCUUAUGGGAUGCUUGACGGUUGUAAGUCGUGUGGCAGCGCAGCAGGGUUUUGACUUGGACCUCGGCUAUCGGCUCCUGGCCGUGUGUGCGGCAAACCGUGACAAGUUCACCCCUAAGUCGGCAGCUCUCCUGUCGUCCUGGUGCGAGGAGCUGGGACGGCUGCUCUUGUUGCGGCAUCAGAAGAAUCGUCAGAGUGAUCCACCGGGCAAAGUACCCUUGCAGCCACCCAUGAACUCCAUGAAGCCCUCACUCUCACAUGGUGAUGGGUCCUUUCCAUAUGACAGCGUCCCCUGGCAACAAAGCGCUAACCAGGCCCCGGGCUCGCUGUCGGUGGUUACGACGGUAUGGGGAGUUACCAAUACAUCACAAAGUCAGGUCUUGGGUAACCCCAUGGCCAAUACUAACAAUCCCAUGAACUCUGGAGGCAAUGCACUAGGGACGGGUAUGUCAGGCAACAACCCAGGGAUCAACUCACCUCAGUUCCCUGGCCAACAACAACAGUUUUCAGCCAAAGCGGGAUCCAACCAGGCCUACAUGCAGCAAAGCAUGUAUGGGCGUCCAGGGCACCCGGGAGGAGGAGGCUUUGGUGGAAGUUACCCAGGUGGGCCGAAUGCUCCAGGUGGCAUAGGCAUGCCCUCUCAUACACGACCGCCCUCUGAUUUCACCCAACCUGCUGCUGCUGCCGCCGCCGCUGCCGUCGCUGCUGCCGCCGCCACCGCAACAGCUACUGCCACAGCAACUGUGGCAGCCUUGCAAGAGACCAAUAAAGACAUGAACCAGUACAACCAGGUCUGCUCCUCUUUCCAGAUGGGGCCUACGCAAGGCUACAAUAACCAGUUCAUGAACCAGCCAGGGCCCCGUGGGCCCCCGUCCAUGGCUGAAGGCAUGAACCCAGCUGGAAUGGGUGGUGGCAUGAAUAGCUCCAACAUGAGUGGCCCGCCAAUGGGUAUGAACCAGCCCAGAGUCCCAGGGAUGCCCUUCGGUGGCCACGGCCAAAGGAUGCCUCAACAGGGUUACCCUGGACCCAGACCUCAGUCCAUGCCCAUGCAGGGCACCAAGAGGCCCUAUCCAGGAGAGCCUAAUUAUGGAGGCCAGCAGUUUGGACCCAAUGGCCAGUUUCCCAACCAGCAAGGGCAGUACCCGAACCCAAAUGCUUCUAGAGCUCUUCCUUCAUCCAAUUACCCUGGGCAAAGGAUGCCAGGACAACAGGGCUCUGGCCAGUACCCCACUACUGGGGUAGCCAUGGGCCAAUACUAUAAGCAAGAGCCAUUUAAUGGUCAGAACAACAAUUUCUCUGGAGGUGGUUAUGGGUAUAAUCAAGGAAAUGGGCCUCCUCGGCAGGUGGUGAACUACCCACUCUCGCCAGUUCCUGGGAACCCCACACCACCCAUGACCCCAGGAAGUAGUAUGCCGUACAUGUCGCCCAGUCAAGAUGUCAAGCCCCCGUUUCCUCCAGAUAUGAAGCCAAACAUGACGUCUCUGCCUCCACCUCUAACCAACCCCAACGAGGAGCUGCGUUUGACGUUCCCAGUGAGAGAUGGAGUGGUGCUGGAGCCCUUCAGAUUAGAGCACAACCUGGCCGUCAGUAACCACGUCUUCCAUCUGCGCCCCUCCGUCCACCAGACGCUCAUGUGGAGAUCUGAUCUGGAGCUGCAGUUUAAGUGCUAUCAUCAUGAGGACCGACAAAUGAACACCAAUUGGCCCGCAUCCGUCCAAGUCAGCGUCAACGCCACCCCCCUCACUAUUGAGAGGGGCGACAAUAAAACAUCCCACAAACCCCUGCACCUAAAGCAUGUAUGUCAGCCAGGGAGAAACACCAUCCAGAUUACGGUCACAGCCUGCUGUUGUUCGCACUUGUUCGUGCUGCAGCUGGUCCAUAGGCCGUCGGUGCGAUCGGUUCUGCAAGGGCUCCUCAAGAAGAGGCUCCUUCCUGCCGAACACUGCAUUACCAAAAUUAAAAGAAACUUCAGUAGCGUAGCAGCAUCCUCUGGGAAUGCCACACUAAAUGGAGAGGAUGGAGUAGAGCAGACAGCCAUCAAAGUGUCCCUCAAGUGUCCAAUCACAUUCCGACGGAUCCAGCUCCCUGCUAGGGGACAUGACUGCAAACACGUGCAGUGCUUUGACUUAGAGUCCUAUCUGCAGCUGAACUGUGAGAGAGGAACGUGGAGAUGUCCUGUAUGCAAUAAAACAGCAUUAUUGGAAGGGCUGGAGGUGGAUCAGUACAUGUGGGGAAUUCUCAAUGCGAUUCAAAAUUCGGAGUUUGAAGAGGUCACCAUCGACCCUACGUGUAGUUGGAGGCCGGUGGCCAUAAAGUCAGACAUUCAUAUAAAGGAGGACCCAGAUGGCCCUCUGGUCAAGCGUUUUAAAACCAUGAGUCCCAGUCAAAUGAUCAUGCCUAAUGUGAUGGAUAUGAUCGCCCAGCUGGGUCCCGGCCCUUCACCCUACAUCCCCCUCCCCCCUCAGCUCGGAGGAAACAAUGGCGAAUAUGGGGGCCAAGGUAGAGGCAAUAGUUACCAGGGCCAUGGAAACUUUGACUUCUCUCACAGUAACUCUGGUGGCGGAGCUCCCAUGAAUGACUUCAUGCACGGACCCCAGCUCUCACAUCCUCCAGACGUGCCCAACAGCCUCAUGGCCCCCGACAAGCCUCUCGCCCACAGCAUGCCCGACUCGAUGCCCCGUCCCGUGAGCGCUGAUCAAUCCCAUGCUUCCAUGCAGCCAGGCAUGCACGCAAUUCCUCACUCCAACAGCCAAUCAGCUCAGCCAUUGCAUCACACCGGCCCCCCAUCCUCCCAGCCCCCACGCCAGCCCCUGCCCCCCCAGCAACCAGGCCAAAACAGUCACCCACAUGCCGACAUGACCUUCAAUCCCGCCGCCAAUGGGCAGGCAGGUGGCCAGGGACCUGCAGACAUGCCCGAGCCUUCUCUGGAUCUUCUGCCAGAACUGGCGAACCCAGACGAGUUGCUGUCAUACUUAGACCCUCCUGACCUCCCAAGCAGCAGCAAUGACGAUCUGCUUUCCCUUUUUGAGAACAACUGACGUCUUUCAGUCGGCCUUUUGCGGAGGUCCUAAUUUGUUUGGCUGUCAGGAAUCGAGAGGCACCUGAAGACUGACUCUGUACUUUGCAAACAGGAAACAGCCAUCCUUUUGCCUCUUCCUCGUGUAAAUAUCUCACUCUUUUACAAGCAACCUUUUCCACACAUAUAUGGCAGCCAUGUUGGUUGGCACUAAAGUGAUAUCUUUCAAUACUAAUGGAAAUACAUGUGCAGCUAUAAUCAGUUCAUAUGAAUACGUCACACAGAACUGUGUGUGUGCUCACUAGGAAAGUAUUGUAGCAUUUUUAAUUCAGAUUUUUUUUUUCCUUUUGUGAAAAGAAGACCUGAAUAGAAUAUAUAUAUAUAUAUAUUUCUUCCUGUACCGGCCUCUGUGUGUCCGCAAUCUCUUGAAGGUUUGUUCUUCCAAGCUCUACCACCACAGCUUCCCAAGUCCUUGUCUGCUGGAUGUCCACACUGUUUGUCUGUCCAUCUCCCUCGAAAAAGCACAAGAGAAUGCGUCAAACUGCACCUGGAAGCCUGUAAAGAAGACAAUAAAAGGUAAAAAAGAUCAUCUCGGAAUCACCAGAAUGAUCUAACCCUCCCAUCCCAGAGACUAAUGAUGGGAGUUUUGCGAAAGUCCUCCAAACACUCCCAAACUCUCACGCCACUUGACACAAGAAUGUGUUCUGUUCUAGUACACCGUGCAGCUUUGCACCUCAUUUUGUAAUGUGAUUCAUAUGUCCAGCACCUUCAGACAUAUGCAUCAUGUUCUAAACAAAUGCUAGAGGGCAUCACGGCAUGCAUUCUUUUCCUUCUCGAGACAGAAUUGCAAACAUUUCAGCACUGUACCCGUAAUAUUGUGCGUCUUCCGACAGACUGUUCCUCCUCCCGCAACAUCCUGUGGAUUCUCCACACUAGCGGUCACAGAGCAAGAAGAAAGCAAUUCACAUUUCAAAGGGAAGUCAGUUUUGUGUCAUCUGUCUUCUCUGUGAGUUCUCUUCAUGCAUGAGGCUUGGUCGUCUUAGGCCCUUGAUAUUUGUACCCCUCUUCUGACAAACUGCAUACAAUGUUGAAACAUUCACUGUUGCCAAUCGCCCCUUAUUUUAAGUGAUACUGUUUUUUUUUCCUUAAUCAUUUCUUCUGUUCUGUUUUAAUUCAGCCUUUUAUUCAUGAACUGUUGUGUUAAAGUUUUAUUUUAUAAUGCACAAUAUAUUGUUCAUAUAAUGGUAAUUAUUUGUUUGUUUCUGUUGUUACAAUUGUAAAAAUUUACAAAAAUGUGUACAUUUAUCACAAGAUGUCCAUGGAUUACCAAAGUUAUGCACCCUGAUUUGAGAAGGUGGCCCAAACCUAUUUUGACAAGCCCAUUUUUAAAUUGUUACCCAUAGAAUUUAAUCAAAUGUAUAGUGUUUCACUUUUAGCAAUUUGUUUACAAGUAAUAUCAUAGUUAUUACACAGCAAACAAUGAAGAAAGUGUUAGAAUGUUAUAUAUUUAUAGAUCUUUACUUUUUAAUUCAAUUAUAUAAUGAAGAUAUAUUAUCUCAAUACCCAUCAAUGCAUUUAAUUCUUACAAAAAAAGGUACAUUUCAGUAAAAAUCCAAUCAAACUUUUAUAUCAGCAGCUUAGUGAAGGUUAACAACGUCCAUGUGUACAAGAUGGAUUUUCUAUACGAUUUCUUUGUUUUUGUUUU